AUCUGACGUUGGCGCCACGUGGUAUUUAUUUUUUGGAAGUGGUAAAGUAAUGGAACCGAGAGAAAAUUCGACUGAAAAGAAGUCAAGACCACAGUGGAAAGGUCCUGAAGGUGACUGUAAAACAGGUUUGAAGCUAUAUAAUGGUUUAGCAAGAGCUGUUGUUGAUUUUGUUGCGCAAAAUGGGAUGGUUGUUUCAUGGUACGGCUGUGGUCCGACCGUAUAUGACUCGGCUCAUAUGGGACAUGCGAGAUGUUAUAUAACAUUUGAUAUUAUUCGUCGAGUGAUGAAAUCUUACUUUAACUAUGACGUUAAUUAUUGUAUGAAUAUUACUGAUAUUGAUGAUAAAAUCAUUAAAAGAGGAAGGCAGACGUAUCUCCUUCAGGCAUUCCAGAAUGAAAAUCCAAGUCUCGAAGUUGUACGUGAAUAUUUAAAUAUUGGUUUAAAACAUAUCAAGGAGAAAAUAUCUGAGAAAGAAGCGGAAAUAAAGGAGGGUACAGAGAGUUUAAUUGAAAAAGAAUCGGAAAUGGAACAAACGAAGAAGAUGUCAGCUACAGGAGAAGAAGAGUUAAAACUCGCUAAUAAAGUUUCCGAUCUCAAAAGAACUAUAAAGAAAAUAUUAGAAAACAAUGCCAAUGUACAAGCUAAAUAUAAAAUGUUAACAUCUCUCCAUGAGAAAACGGCACCUCUUCUUCAAAAGGAAUCUGUUCGUGAUAUCUUCGCUUUAGGAGCCGACAUUCUAAUGGAGGUUUUAGAUGAAGAAGUUCUGAGUGACAACGAAGAAACUAGCAAUGAAACUACAAAGAAACUUCGUAAAAUGUUGGAUGAUGAAAUAUGUCGUGAUUGUCCUUAUAGCGAAUCAAUAUUUGGGCGCUUAUCAACUAAAUUCGAAAAUGAAUUCUAUAGAGAUAUGAAAAAUCUGAAUGUUAUGCCUGCUGAUACAAUCACCAGAGUUUCAGAAUAUGUUCCAGAAGUUAUUGCUUUUGUACAACGGAUUAUUGAUAAUGGUUAUGCCUAUGAAUCUAAUGGAUCUGUUUAUUUUGACACUGGUAAGUUCGCCUCAAGUCCCAAUCAUACAUAUGCAAAACUAGUACCUGAAGCUUACGGCGAUCAAAAAGCUUUGAAAGAGGGUGAAGGGGAUCUGAGCAUAUCUGCAGAACGUCUUAAAGAAAAGAGAAGUCCAAACGAUUUUGCUUUAUGGAAAGCUUCCAAAAAAGGCGAACCAUUUUGGCCUUCAUCUUGGGGCAACGGUAGACCUGGUUGGCAUGUUGAGUGCUCAGUUAUGGCUUCUGAUAUUCUAGGAGAAUCUAUGGAUAUACAUAGUGGGGGUGUAGAUUUAAAAUUUCCUCACCAUGACAAUGAGUUAGCUCAGUCCGAAGCUUAUUACGAAAAUGAUCAUUGGGUUAGAUACUUCCUUCAUUCUGGCCAUUUACACAUUGAAGGAUGUAAGAUGGCGAAAUCUCUGAAAAAUUUCAUAACCAUCAAUGAAGCCCUUAGAAAUGACUCAGCCAGGCAAAUUCGUCUCCUCUUCCUCCUCCAUUCCUGGAGUGACACCUUAAAUUAUUCUACUGAUACUCUAAAGAUGGCACUCAUUUAUGAAAAGAAAUUAAAUGAAUUCUUUUUGAACAUUAAGCAUCAGCUAAGACAAUUACCUGCUGAAGGUGUAGAGUCAUUUAAAAAAUGGCAUAAUGAAGAAAAGAAUUUGAACGACUUUUUGACUUCAACAAAAGUAAAAGUUCGCGAAGCUAUAUGCAAUUCUAUAGACACAAAAGCUUCUAUGUCGGCAAUAAGCGACCUAAUUGCCGAAACAAACAAAUAUGUUGACAAUAGGAAACCAAAUCUUAAUAGGCAAUUGUUAGAGAAUAUAAUGAGGUUUAUUACGCAUAUUUUGGAAGUAUUCGGGGUUACCGAAUCGGACAGACCUUUGGGAUUUGGGUCUGCAUCUGGAAGUAAUGUUGAGAAUCUUGAAGAUACCUUGUUUCCUUACUUAGAAGCAUUCGCACAAUUCAGAGAAACCGUUAGAGACACUGGAAGGAAGAACGGUGUAGCAGAUCUACUUAAAGCAUGCGAUUCAAUUCGAGAUAAAGUUCUUCCGUGCUUGGGAGUAAGGCUAGAGGACCAUGAAGGUGAACCAACCGUCAUUAAGCUAGUUGAUAAAGAAAUAUUGAUGAGGGAAAUGAAAGAGAAGGAAGAAUUGGAAGAGAAGAAAAAGAGGGAAAAAGAGGAAAGAUUAGAAAAGCAAAGGCUAGAGGCUGAGAAAAAAGACAAACAGGAUAGUAUACCACCCUCUGAAAUGUUCAAAAACGAUACAAGUUACUCCCAAUUUGAUGAAGAAGGUGUACCUACUCAUGAUAGUAACGGCGAACCACUAAGUAAAAGUUGCGUGAAAGGUCUCAAAAAGAAGUAUACAACCCAAAAAAAGAAUCAUGACAAAUGGUUAGCGAAGCAAAAGGAGAUGAAAUAACUAAAUGACCAUUUCUAUAACAGUAUUAAACCCUGGUAUUGCUAUGAAGUGGACAAAGAGAAAUAAAGAAAAGAUUCAUUAAAAAAAACCUUAUUUUCGUAUUAGUUUAUGCCAUCAAUCAAACGAAAUUAUAAUUAGAAAUAGAAAAAAUAUUUAUCCAUUAAAGUUCUUUCAUAUCUUUAUCACUAAAUAAAAUAUAUAAACACGG